AUGGUGAAAGCACAGCAACUUAAUCCACCUGCUUCCAAAAGUAGCGAUAGAUGGAAUGCAUGUAUGGAAAAAAGUUUGGUCAAAAAUCAAAGGGUUGGUCAAAGACAGUGCAUGCCAGUUGCAGUAUCAAAAGACAGGAGUAGAGACAAGCCCCAUAAAGUACACUUCAGGAAUGGUCUUUCGUUACAUAAUGAUCUUAAGGAACUGCCCAAAAAGAAUAAAGAGUUCGAGACAGUGAAAUGA